AUGGCAAAUCCCUUGCUGAGCGUGAACUCCUCGUCGCCCGGAUUCGAGCCGACACAUCAAACUUGGGACGCGGUUGAUUUCAGCCUCUUCGAAUCGUUUACCGACUACGGCAAUCUCUCCCUGAGUCCGGCACACGGCCAGCCGUCCACAGGCCCGGACAACAGCCAGCAGCCGACUUCGAAAGCCAGGCGGCGAGCGCAGAACCGAGCGUCACAGCGGGCAUUUCGCGAGCGCAAGGACAGACACGUCAAGGGGUUAGAGUACCAGCUUGAAACACUCAACGAAAAGCACCAGGAUCUCCUCACUUCUUACUCCAAGCAGGCCGACAAUAUCGCGCGGCUCUAUAAUCGCAUUACGGACCUCCAGGACCAGAUCAGGAAAGCCAAGGUGACCAAUGACCACGGUGUAGUCAGCCAGUCGACGAACAGCAACCCAACGCCCGAUUGCUUUGACGCCUUCACUUUCGGUGGCAAUCCAGGUUCGAUGUUUUUCAGUGCAGACGAGUUCAACUCGGAUGAGAUCGGCCAGGAAGAUUCUCUGACGCCGAAGGCCAGCGGAAGUGCGGGGCUGCCUCUGUUUGAAGACCUGCUGCGACUGUGA